AGAGAGAGAGAGAGAGAGUGCGAGAUUGGAUGGAUUCCUCUCCUCCUCUGGCACUCCACAGGCGCUCAUUGAUUUAUUUAAGCCCGACCGACGACAGCAUGCCAAGCGCAGACUCCAGCGGCAGAGCUCGCCACAGACUUUUCAACAAAGCACAGGAGUGAGACGUCCUCCGUCGCACCGGCCCAGUCGCGCUCUCACCUGCACAACAUCCGUGCGUCGCCCAACUUUGGCGCCCUCCGGGACACCGCCGACACCCACAGCCCGACGCAGAGGAAGAGGAACCUGCCGUAUAUGGGCCCAAAGCCCCGUGAGACCCCUGGGAUGGCGUGCAGCGCGUGUUACUACCUGGUUAUCAGCUCCACACACCUGAGCAAUGGACACUUUCGGCGAGUCAAGGGUGUCUUCAGAGGACCGCUUUGUCCAACCGCAACCAGUGAUUCACCGGAGCGUUCAGAGAAGGCUUUGGGCUGCUCAGUGGAGGAUCUGAAGGCUCUUUUCUACUGUGAGCUGUGUCACAAGCAGUACUUCAGACACCAGGAGUUUGACAACCACAUCAACUCCUACGACCAUGCACACAAACAGAGGCUGAAGGAACUCAAGCACAGAGAGUUUGCUCGCAACGUGGCCUCGAAAUCAUGGAAGGACCAACGCAAACAGGAGAAGGCUCUCAGACGCCUGCACCAGCUCGCACAACUGCAACAGGAAACCCAGCGAGCCCCAGGAAGAAUAGGACUAAGAAGUGCAGUCAGGGCUGUGAGACAGCAGCAAGAUAGAAACGUGGACCAAAGAGACCACAGCCCUGAGGACUUCAACCACACCCAGAGACCCCCUCUUACGCAACCCGCGGCAGCUCCUCUCAGCCACCAGCGAGAAAAUCCACGCCAAUCUCCUACCCAAAUACUGCUAGCCACUGCAGAGUCCCCACUAAUCACACAUCCGGCAUCCAAAACAAACCCACCUGCAGUGAACCCCCAGUCUUGCCUGGGCUUGUAUCCCCAGCUGCCUCUCCCAGGGCGGGGGAGAGUGGGAGGCAGGCUUGGGGUGUCCUUCUGCUUCUCACGCAGGGGGCCCAGGCUCGAGCCUUCCGCCUCCGUCUUCUCGGACCUGGAGGAGGAGGAGAGAGACAAGAGGGAACAAAUAAAAGAAAGGAUAAAGGGUAUGAUGGAAGAUAUUGACAAGGAAAUUGGGGCAGCAGAGGAGGGGAGACACAGUGAGAGUGAAAAACAUGAUUUCAGAUCUGACUGUGUUAGACUGAGCGACACAAGGCCAAUCCCCAGGGAGGCUGCCAGAGAAGAGGAGAUUGAAAAAAGAGAUGCAGUGAAAGUACACUCUAAUAUUUCCACAGCAGCACCUGAUAAUCAGAGCCAUGAUUCACUAUUCUUGCCAUCAAAGACCCAGGUGGCCCUAAGGGGCACAGCACUAGCAGGUGCACACAUGGACACCGAACACACAGAUAGCGAGACAAAGAGAAAGCAAGAAUCAGAGGCGGGGAGGGAAGAGAGUCAGUAUAUGUGUGUGCUGGGGAAGGAUAGCUCUACUUGUCUGAGAUGGCCUGUCAGUUUGCUUAAGUUCACCAAGUCUCAACCACACGUCUCUUACAGCUGCAACCCAUUCUGCUUGAACCCACAACAACCAGAACUACUCACAGAGGAUCGGCAGGAGUCACAACAAAAUCAGUUUUGUGCUCCCUCAGAGGAAUCAGAUCUAUGUGUGCCAGCUGUUCUUACACCAGACACUCCUUCCUGUUUACAAAGACAGACAAGACAAGAGCUGAAAGCAAACAGACAGGAAAAAUCUGAGGAUUACUAUAAGGCGGAGCAACAUAUAGACGUAGAGAGAGAAGCACACCUGUUCCUAAAGAACAAAAACGUUUCAUCGUCAGAAACAAGACCAGAAAGAGGAAGAUGCACGCCAAGAAUGGAUAAUUGCAUGAGGGCAGCGUCCCAUCCAUUUGACCCCACUAAUAGUGACAGCUCUGACAUAAACUCCCAGAAUCCUCUGGGAGGCAGAUUAGGGGGUGUGAGAGGGAUCAGGGAGAGAGCCAUCAUAGCCCUGAGCUGUAAAUUAGAGUCUGUCACCAAACCUGGCACACAGAGGAUGUGCAGUAGCCCGUCCAGGUGUGAGUGUGGGAGUGAGACAAUGUGCAAGUGUGCCAGCGCUCCACAGCCGUAUGUGGGUGUCUCAGAAGUGUCACGCAAAAAGAGGAAAGCCAGCACAAAGAAACACAAGCUGGGAAAGAGGAAGAGGGGUGAGGAGGAAAAGGCUUCAAACAAGCGCCAAUCAGCAAGGUGCAAAGUGAGGAGUGUUGUCUCCACAGUCUCCACUGGCAUUGAGAGGAGUGGAGAAGCUGGAGGGAGCUUGUGGAAGAAAAGGAGGCAAAGGGAGACGGGGGAGACGAGGAUGAGGGGGAGGAGGGUGCAGAGAGCAGGGAGCAGCUGUCUCCUCGGGAGAUGUGAUGCUGAGCCAGUAUCUGUCUCUGUCAGGAAGAGGAGGCCUCACAGGAGCCACAGCACUGAUUCCCAGUCCCAGCCAGACAGAGAGCAGGCAGAGCACUGCAGUGCCUACUCCCAGCUCGCCAGACACACAGCAGACAGACACAACGAGGGGGAGGGAAAGCGAGACAGAGAUGCAGUGACUUUUCCCUGGCGGUCUCACUUCUCCUUACACUCCUUCUCACCAGGAUGUAACUCUAAGCUGUUUUGGGAAAGGGGUCACCAUAGCAACCCCAGGAGUUUCAUUGACUGCUGUUACCCUGACAACAACCGUGGUUGCAGCCCGGCGAGAAAGAGAAAACUCCUCCACAGGGACAGGAAAGUCAUUCAUAGUAAGAGGAAGAGUUCGAGGCAUCGUGAUGACUGGGAGGAGACAGAGAGGGGCAGGGCAAUGGGAGAGCGUUCAGGUUGCAGAGACAGGGGCCUGAUUUCAGAUACAGAACAGUGGGAGUGGAUAAGGGGGAGCUGUCCUGGAGGUAGUGAGGAGGGCAGGUCAAGGAGUGGGUGGAGAUUGAGAAACAGAGGAGUGGAGUGGGAUCGGGUGGCAAGUUUUAGCCCCAGUCCUAACAGCUGGGACAGGAGAGGCAGACAUCUUAGAAUGGAAGAUGUAGACUGGGACAGGUGCAGCGUGGACAGAUGGACAUGGAGCAGCAGCGACAGCUGGGAAGACAGGGGGACACACAGAUCUACGUCAGGCUCCAGGACAGGGGCAGACAGCAGAGACAGCCCAGGCUGUGUGUGGAAAUCUGCAGGCACCAGACGCUCAAGCUCGAGACACUUCUCCAGCCCUGAGUGGUGGACAAGUAGGCAGACAUACAGCCCCCAGAGUGUGAUCAACACACGGGCCGGCAGAUGCCACAGCCCUCGUUCCUGCAGCCCCUGCAGCACCACCAGCAUGUCCGAUCUAAGCUGGGAGUGGAGCAGGAGCAGCACCUGCUCAGGAGUCACAGUGGAUGGAUUGACAGUCAGCACCUGUAGGACGUCCUUAGGAGCUCCAGGACUCUCAUCUGAGGCCCAUCAGGAGGUAAAGAAGCAGAGCAGCCCCACAUCCACUUCAUCUGGCCUAACCUCUUGCUCCUUCUCUCAUUCCUCGCCCAACAGAUCCUCUUUUGCUCCCACAGUUCUGGGCCUCAACACGCAUCAUUGUGACACAAGCCCUUCUCAGCUUAAGGAGCCCAAUUCACAGUCUGACCUUGGACAUGGACCCUCUGCCCUUGUCAACUCAAGCAAGUCAGGCACAACUCUCCCAGGACUAUCCCCCAGUAAGUCUGUGCCACAGAAACCAGCCAGGAUGUUGCUUCUCCCUCUCAUAGGGAAACUACCUGCAAUCCAGAGAAAGGCCAGGAAGAAACAAGGGCUGCUGGAGAAAAGUCAGGAGAAGGAGGGAGAGGAAGAAGAGGAGGCUAAGGGCAGCGGAACGGAUCCUGCAGCAGUCGUCGACAGUCAAAAAUGUCCUCUGGACAUGGUUGAGUCAAACCAUUGCAGCAUGCCAAAUCUCUGCCCGUCGCAGAUUAGCACUUAUGACAAGCAGACAGGUGGAGCGACAGCUCCGCCAAUCAGCUUUACUGCUGAGGAGAUGGACAAAUAUCGCCUCCUGCAAGAGCAGGCAAGAGAGCACAUGCAGAAAGUUCUGGAACAGAGGCAAGAGAGUGCAGAUAUGCACACAAAGACAAACACACACACAGCACAGCGAGAGAACUGUGGGACUUCAGAGGAACAAUACACACCUGCACCCUUGCACAACCCUUCACAGCCUCAAACCCAGUCGCUUCACACAGACACGAUGCAAACACAAGCACAGCACACCGUCAGGGUCAGUCUCCCACUUCCACACAUGACCUCACAAGAGAACUUUACUCAACCCAUGGCUCUGAGAGUCCCGAACCUGCCCCCUCUCUCCAGCCUCCAUCAUAUUAUUUUACAACACGCAGCCCUCUCCAUGCCCCCCUCCUCCUCAUCUUCUUCCACCACCUCAUCCACCUCUCCCACCAUCCACCCACACGCAGCUCAACUCCCUCACCCCCUGCCCCCUCUCCACCCCUCCCUCCAUCAUCACCUUCACCUCUCUCCCUUUUCCAUAUCCUCACUGUUUCCCUCCAUUCUGCUGUCCCAUCAUCCCAUCCCUCUCCUCCCCCAGUCCCCUGCUUUUCACGCGACCCCACUUGCCCCACCCUCCCAAGUAGCCCUGCAACCCUUAAACCCACAGUCUUUCAUGGACAGAGUGUGGCCAGUGAGGUUUCAACAGAAGGCGUUGUGAUUUUCACAGAGUGGCUGCCAUGUUUAUUAAUCUUCCUUGGCAACACAGACAAGUAAGGGAAAGAGAGGGGAUUUUGGGUUUAGACAAAAGCCUGCUAUUUGAAAUGGUGAUAUGUCAGUGCUUUUACUAGAAUCAACUCCAACUCGUAUUUGCACAUGCCCUCACUCGCGCACACUAACACACACACACACACAAGCAUACACACAAACAGCCUAACUAUUGACUGUUUUCAAAUGAAAAUUUGUUUCUCCAUCUAGCCUCUGCUGUGUUGCAGCAGACUUCGAGAAAACACUUUGAUCCUUUGCUUUUCCAAUCAUUCCUCAUUCAGGCCCAGAAUAAAGGGAAAGGUGCACCUGCUAUUCAAAGAAAAGCUGGGCUUGUGUCAUCUUCUCUUUCCUUCUGAACCACAGACAGACCAGCUACCUUUUGAAGUAUCCUUCGUGCCAGGGAAAGAGGGGUAAAAAAGACUGAUAAUACUCUCCCCUUAUCUCCAUUUCAUACAGGUUAUCUGAGUUAGAGUGUGACUUUCAACAACAUAAAAAUGUUCCAGGGACCGGGGUCAGCCAUUUCAACCUUGGUGUAUACUGUAUGUGUGUGUGUGCAUGUAUAAGAGGUCAUUUGGACUGAUACAAACACACAUUAGGAAAGACAAAAACUAAUUUCCAUAUCUGAUACAUGUAAAGACCUGUUUUGUCUCUGUAGUGUAAAUAUUCUGACAGUCAGUAAUAACAUUAGAAUUAUGAAAAACAAUAAAAUAAAACAUGGAUUUAACCUUUA